AUGUCUUCUCUCCGCUCUUCCCGCCAAUUCCUCAAAAAUCUCAACCCCCUCUCGCCGCCGGUCGCCCCCAAAUCCUUCUCCGGCUCGCGGAAAGCCGCCGCCACGCUGUUCAAACCAAGGACCCGCAGAUCCCCCAAACCAAAACCCUCGGCCGGAAAACCUAACCCCGAGCCAAAACUCUAUUCGUCGGAAAAAAUCCGAACGGUAUACAAGAUUUUGAAAUACUCCACCUGGGAUUCAGCUCAAGAACAACUACCGACCCUCCCGUUCAAAUGGGAUUCCUUCAUCGUCAACCAGGUCCUCAAAACUCACCCCCCAAUGGAAAAAGCUUGGCUCUUUUUCAACUGGGCAUCGGGGAGAAAGAAUUUCAAGCACGACCAGUACACAUACACGACGAUGCUGGAUAUCUUUGGGGAAGCCAGGAGGAUUUCGUCCAUGAUGUAUGUUUUCGAGCAGAUGAAGGAGAAAGGUAUAAAGAUUGAUGCCGCCACUUAUACUUCAUUAGUGCAUUGGGUGUCGAAUGAAGGAGAUAUCCAGAGAGGGAUUGAGCUGUGGAAGGAGAUGAAGGCAAAGGGCUGCCGCCCGACGGUUGUUUCAUACACGGCUUUUAUGAAGAUUUUGUUCGAUCACAAGAGAGAGAGUGAGGCUUGUGGCGUGUAUAAGGAGAUGCUUGAUUCGGGGCUUUCGCCUAAUUGUCAUACGUACACUGUCUUGAUGGAGUAUCUUGCUAGCUCUGGCAAAUUCAUCGAGACCAUGGAGAUAUUUAACAAAAUGCAAGAGGCCGGUGUGCAGCCUGAUAAAGCUACGUGCAACAUUUUGAUCGAAAUUUGUUGCAGAGCAUUCGAAACUCGGACAAUCACGAGAAUACUCGAGUACAUGAAGGACAAUUUUAUUGUCCUACGCUAUCCUGUAUAUCAAAAGGCAAUCGAGGCUUUCGAAACCGCCGGGGAGUGUGAUAUGCUUCUUAAACAAAUCCAUCCACAUUUUUCCAAACAACACUCGGCAACUGCUUCAAAUCACGAUUCGGUUGCACAAAACACCGAGUUUGAUUUAGAGAAUGGGCUCAUUUUGUUGUUGAUAAGAAAGCAGAAUCUUGCUGCUGCCGACUUGUUGCUUGCUGAUAUGAAGGAAAAGAACAUAGUUUUAGAAGCUAGAGUGAUCUCAAGGAUUAUCGAGGUAAACUGCGCUCGUAACAGAAAAAAUGGUGCUUUAUUGGCUUACGACUACAGUGUGAAAUCGGGCAUAGACAUCGAAAGAGAUUCUUAUCUUGCUCUGAUAGGCUUAUCCAUUAGAUUAAAUUCGUAUCAGAAGGUGGUGGAGAUUUUCGGGAAAAUGGUCGAGCAUGGUUUUUCGCUUGGGACCCACUUAAACUCUCUCCUCAUACACCGUCUUGGCUGCAGCCGCGAAACUGCCUCUGCUGUAAAGGUAUUUGAUUUAUUGCCCGAUAGAGAUAAGAGUACAGCUGAGUAUACUGCUUUAACAAGUGCUUAUUUCUCUUCUGGGAAUGCCAAAAAGGGACUUGAGACGUUCGGAAUAAUGAGAAGUAAGAGUGUUAGUAUUACGUUGGGGACUUUAAACGUGUUGAUUGCCGGUCUUGAAAAAUGCGGUAAAUAUCGUGAGGUGGUAUAUUAUAGAAAAGAAAAGAAGCAAAUGCAGAUGGAAAGAUGCUCAUUAAAUAUGACGAUGGAGGAAAAAAUAUGCGAUCUUUUGUUUGCUGGUGAUUUUGUUGCUAUUAAUAAGGGGCCAUUCGGCAAACGGCCAUUGUUGGACAGAGGGCUGCUGCUGCCGGCUCCAGAGGCUUUGAGGUCAUCAACAACCAAUCGUAGAGGAUAUCCUAAGGAGUAA